AUGAUGACGGGGUGCCGAAGGCAUCGCUUGUCAAAUGAUGACGGGGUGCCGAAGGCAUCGCUCUCGUCUAAUAAUGACAGGGUGCCGAAGGCAACGCUUUGUCAGAUGAUGACGGGAUGCCGAAGGCAUCGUUCUCGUCUAAUGAUGACAGGGUGCCGAAGGCAUCGCUCAUGUCAAAUGACGGGUGCCGAAGGCAUCGCUCUCGUCUAA